GCGGCUCGGCCGGGCCCGUGCCGGUGUCAGUGCCGGCCCAGCGAACUCAGGCUCGGUACCCCGGGGCUCCAGGGACGUGCCGGUGUCGGCCCAGCGGGAUUCGGGCUCGGUUCCCCUCGACCCGGGCUCCGCCUCGGUGCCGGUGCGGCUCUCGGUGCUCAGCAUGUCCCAGAACACUUGCUGCCAGAUAUGGGCAGACACCCAGAAAGAGCUGGACGUCAUGCUGCAGAGAGAGAGAGAGGAGUUCCAGGAGCCCCAGGAGGACCCUGAGGAGGCGAUGAAGAUGCUGGCCACGGCCUACGUGCAGUACCUGGCCAUCCUGCGGAAGCUGGACGAGGCCCACGCGCCCCUGAUCCACCAGCAGAAGCGCGCGGCCGUGCGGCAGGCGCUGGACGGCGUCAUGGGCCGCAUCCUGGAGAUCAAGGGCGAGAUGGUGGCCCUGGAGAAGUGCGAGUGCCACUCCAUGGCUGCCGUCCUCAAGGAGCUGCAGCGAGUGCCGGAAGACAUAGAAAUACCCAUCCCAAAGUAUUUCAUUCAAGAAAACCUGGGAAUCCUGCAGUACAGGGAGAAAUACCUGCAUGAGAUUUUGCUGAAUGCUGGUUUGAUAGAACAGGAAGUUGUCACGGCCAUGACACUCGAGGAGGCCAUUGGAGUGAUCCAGGUGGCAGAACGGGCUCGCCAGGGCCGCGCUCGAGCCGCCUUCAUGAGGAGAAUUUACCUUGAAGAGAAAAGGCAAAGUAGAACACAGGAGCAACAGACUAAGAGUCCAGAUGAAGCUGCCACUUGCAUUCAAAAGGUCUGGCGUGGGCACAGGCAGCGCAAGGAAACAGAGAGGCUGAGAGAGGAGGAGAUGAUAUUUCUGGGCAUGAGCCUGCCUCCCGAGUUGGAGGUAAUGAUCAGCUUGCAGAAAACAAAUGUCCUGGAAGGUGAAUUCCAGGAAAGAGCAGACUACUCCUUCGUGCAUGAGCUGAGGGCAGCAGAGGGGCCCCACAUCAAGGAAACCUUCCAGGAGGAGAUCACCCAGUGCUUCCUCGAGUGCAGGCAUGUCACAGGCAGGUUUCCUGACUACCCCCUUGAGAAGGCAGGUGGUUCCAAGGCGAUUAUUGUUGAAAAACAUCCAGAGGAGGUAGUGGAUGAAGGCUGGAAAAUGGCUCCAAGCAAUUUCCUUUCGAUGCUGGAGGAAGGAAGCUCUCAGUACCAAGUCUUUUGGGAGAACAGAGAUAACAAAGCAGAUUUUCUCCAGGAUCAUGACCCAGAGCUGAUCAGAGCAGGGGAACGGGGAGAAGUGGUGGAGGAGAUCAGAGUGCAGGUCGAUGUAGUGAUGCAGGAGAAGCUGCUGAGAGUCAAAGAGGCUGUGGAUGGAGAGACAGGUCCAGGUCAGGUCAAAGCUGUCAAAGAGAAGGUAAGCAAGGCAGCUGUGAAGAAAAAGGUAUCUGAGCUGGAGAAAGAUCUGACUCCUGGCAGGAGCAUUGAUUCCCUGUACCAGCAGCUUGCAGAAGAAAGAUUGCUCAUCCAAGUCAAGAAUGUGAAUCUCUCUGACUACAUGGGCUACUACGACUGUCUGGGGACCCUGCUUCGUGAGACAGGGGCCCAGCCCAUGCCCUCCAUCCCAGAAGUCAGGCAGCUCGUGGCCCUCUAUGGAAUACUGCCCUUGGGUUCCCAAACUGUCCAUGAGAAUGCUCCUCUGGUGAAAUCCCUGCUGCUGGCAGGACCUGCUGGUGUUGGAAAGAAAAUGUUGGUCCAUGCCAUCUGCACAGAAGCAGGAGCCAACCUCUUCAGCCUCACUCCUUCCAACACUGUGAAUUAUUCAGGCAAGGAAGGCCUCAUCAUGUUGCUUCACAUGAUUCUCAAGGUGGGCAAGGAAUUGCAGCCUUCAGUGGUGUGGAUUGGAGACACAGAGAGAAUAUAUUCCAAAGGGGCAACAAAGGGAGAAGAUGAGGUGAACUUCAAGCGCCUGGCCAGGCUGCUGCCCCAGUUCCUGAGGACUCUGAAACCCAAGGACAGGGUUCUGCUCGUGGGCACCACCAGGAGACCCUUUGAUGCCAAUGUGGGACCUUUCUGCAAACUCUACCAGAAAAUCAUUCUCAUCUCAAAGCCUGACUACCUGACAAGAUUUGCCCUGUGGAAGCACUACAUCCUGCAGGGUGGUGGGACCCUCACCAAGCUGCUGAACCUCAACUGCCUGGCACACAUGUCAGAUGGCUACACCCAGGGCCACGUUGUGGAGGUGGUGCACGCUGUGCUGACUGAGCUGAGGCUGCUGCAGAUGGCCAGGAAGCCCCUGAGGACUGUUGAGUUUGUCACUUCCCUGGCCAGACACGACCCAGUGUACAACGAGGAGGAAGCAGCGUUCCAGGCCUGGUAUGGCAAGACCCCGCUGGGGAAAGCGUGGCUCGCAGAACAUGCAACAGAUGAAGAAGGAAAAGGAAAAAGAAAGAAAAGGAAAGGGAAAGGAAAAGGAAAAGGGAAAGGGAAAGGGAAAGGGAAAAAGUAAUUUCCUCAAGGAUUUUUCACCUGGCCAUACCAGUCACAACUCUAUUUCUCUGUGAAGGCAUGACAAAUUAAUGUUAUAGGUAUUCCAGGGAAGAGAAUUCCUCUCUGAAUGGAUUUAUUAAAGUUAAAAAAGGGGAAGAAAAUCAGAUGAGAUGUAACAUGUAGCUCUCAGAGGAUAAAGAGUUAAUGACCACUGACUUGCUCAAGCAUUAUUUAUUCUAAGAGAUUUUAGGGGGCAGAAGGGUUCAUUACUCAGGCCUGUAACAUGCCAUCAACUUUUAGGCCAUACUCAUUUAUUUCAGCAAGUAACUCUCCUUAAAAAUUGAUGUCACUUUAAUGUCUUUCAUUACUUUAAUAUCCUAUAUGCUUUAUAAAACUAACUGCUUUAUAUAUCUGUGGGUCUAAAGCAUUACAGUCCUCAAUAAAACCAUUACAGCUCUAAAGACUGCUUUUUAA